CCUUCGGAAGCCUGUGAUUCCAGUGUGGUGUAACAGCAGUCACUUCAUGUUUAGAGUCUAAAGGAGGAGAACGGAACGACAACAACUCUCAGUUAACUAAACAACGCGGAUUCCUCCCCAUUCACCAGGACCAGCUUACUCUCCUGAGGGAAGGUUUAACAAGGCCUAAGGCUUCACUCUGGCAACAACAAGCAUCAACAUCGGCUGACCUCUCCGGUCCCCUGCCAGCUGUGUGAGGUCCAGUUGGUUGGCUCCAGUGGAGACAGGUCCAGCGUCCCAAGCUGGACGGAGGAGAGACAAGUGGGGCCGAUGGCCCCUCCUUUGUGCUGCGACACAGAAAUUCUACCUUAGGAGGGCACACUACAGAUAGCAGGCCUACGGAUCCCAUGAGUCCCCGGGAAAAGGCGAACACUCCCACCUCAGGUUCUUCAACCAGUCACCUCAGUACCGCAGAGUGCCCUUUACAAACUGGGCGUGUCCCAGAGUACGACGAGGAGGUUAGAGAUGAAGAUGACGACAGAGGAAGGGUAGAGGAGAAUGAUGAAGAGGAGGAGGAAGAAGAGGAUGAGAAGAGCAGUGAUGAAGGCUUCAUGGGAAUGACACCGCUGCUGCAGGCUCACCAUGCCAUGGAGAAGAUGGAGGAAUUUGUUCACAAGGUGUGGGAGGGUCGGUGGCGUGUCAUACCUCACGACGUGCUUCCUGAUUGGCUGAAGGACAACGACUUCCUCCUCCACGGUCACAGACCACCCAUGCCUUCGUUUCGGGCCUGCUUCAGGAGCAUCUUCAGAAUCCACACGGAGACGGGAAACAUCUGGACUCAUCUGCUGGGCUGUUUGUUUUUCCUCUGUCUGGGCCUCAUGUACAUGUUCAGGCCCAACAUGUCUUUCGUGGCUCCAGUCCAGGAGAAGGUGGUGAUCGGGAUGUUUUUCCUGGGAGCCAUCCUUUGUCUCUCUUUCUCCUGGCUCUUCCACACAGUCUACUGCCACUCUGAAGGCGUCUCCAGGGUCUUCUCCAAGCUGGACUACAGCGGGAUCGCCUUCCUCAUCAUGGGGUCUUUCGUCCCCUGGUUGUAUUACUCCUUCUAUUGCUCUCCUCAGCCUUGCUUCAUCUACCUGUUGGUGGUGUGUACCCUGGGUUUGGCCGCCAUCACUGUUUCCCAGUGUGACUUCUUUGCCACGCCACAAUACAGAGGAGUCAGAGCAGGAGUGUUUGUGGGUUUAGGGCUGAGCGGCGUGGUCCCCACCCUGCACUUUGUAAUCAGCGAGGGCCUGAUCAAAGCCACCACCAUCGGUCAGAUGGGCUGGCUGCUGCUGAUGGCCACGCUCUACAUCACCGGAGCCUGUUUGUACGCCGCCCGCAUCCCAGAGAGGUUCUUUCCCGGAAAGUGUGACAUCUGGUUCCACUCCCACCAGUUGUUCCACAUCCUGGUCGUCGCCGGAGCCUUCGUUCAUUUCCACGGCGUCUCAAACCUCCAGGAGUUGCGCUACACAGUGGGAGCAGGCUGUGCAGAGCAGGGCACACUCUAACACAGGCACGCAUACACACGUGCAAAUACACACUGAUGUAACACAUUCACACACACACACACAUACAGACACACACCUGGCAGGGAGGCAGCAGUUCUACUAAAAUGCACGGAGUGUUUUUUACACACUAGCUUCUCAAACACGUGCGUCAGGCCUGAGGGGAAGUGCACCACACUCACCAAGUGGCUUUGCCCCUGUGCAUAAUAAACAGGACAGCCUCCCAGGUGGCGCUGUUGAACCUGGUUAAAGAGGGUGUUGCUCUUUUUCUGUCCACUGUCUGCCCGUCCGUCUCCCCUCUGACUUCCAGGUGUGGGAGUGUUUUAUAAAAACCCUGUUCCUGUGACUUUUUUGUGGAAGAAUCUCAAAUCCUCUUACAUUUUCUUCUUUCUUGAGUGACGACAUUUAACAGUUUGGUUUGAAAUGGAAGCAGAAUUGUACUUAAAAUAUGACGUUUGGGUUGGUUUUUUUUUGGCCAGAUAGUUUUCAUUUAAACAUGAAAAAAAGAAAAGCAGUUUUGUGACAAACAUUUCUUUGGAUUUCUUUCAAGGUUUCAUUGAGCUGCGGAAGGAGGGCCGGGUUAAUGGUCACUUUUAAAAGCAAAAAAAAAGAAAAGAAAAAAGAAAACAACCCUUUUGUGUAAAUAAGAUUUCUAAAAUUUUGGGUUAUAGAUUUGUAAGAAACAUGAAAAGCUCACAAAAAUAAAUGUCACAUUGGCAAAAAAUAAAUGAGGAUGAUAGAAAAUAAACAAAUUAAAGUCGAGGAGAGGAGAGGUCUGUCCAUGGCUGCAAAUAAGCAGUGACUUCCUGUCUUAAGUAACAUUUCUUGCCAGCGAAGGCAGGAAGUGACAUCGGCCUCCUGUCUAAAAAGAAAAAAAAAUCUCGACAGAACCAGUGCUCUGCUCACACUUUGCUUCAUUUCACUGUUGUGUUUGAACACUUUUUCCUCACGUCUCGUCAGAUCGGAGGCCUGACGAAUAAAACGCUCUCCUGUGCUUAAAACCAAAUAGAGUCAAAACGAUGACACUCACCCCGAUGUGUAGCCAUUUUCAUGAAAUGUUCUUUCUGUAAAUUGUGAUAUAAUGUAUAUCUGAAGACUAAAUAAUAACAAUUUCUAUAUGACACCCAUAUGAGUUUAUUCUUUUAUUGAGCUGAACUGAGACAACUUUAUGGAUUGAAAAAAAGAGAGUUUUUUUUAUAUACAAGUGUGCAGAGUCACGUUGGUCCUGUCGUACUGUAGAUCUACAGUAUUAGAACUGAUCGUUCUCUUUCGAUAAAAUACAACUCCUAAAAAUAAACAAUAAAUAUUCCUUCUGUAUGGAUUGUAUUUUUAUUUAGCUUUCUUGUAUUAUUUUGAGUAUUAUUAUUAUCAUUGAAGCAAGCUUUAAUUUCAUUUAUUCUUGUCCCUGAUUGUUUAAAAUUAAGCUUUUGAACAUAUGUGGAUUUGUCAUUUGAUUGACCUUUGAUCAGCGUCUUCAUCUCCUCUUUAAGAGAGAAAAAAUCCAUUCUCCUUUUGUUCUGUUUUAUUUGAUCACCUUUAUAUUAAUUUAUUUCUCUUGGUGAGUGCAUUUUGUCUGUGGAAGCACAUGUUCCGUUCUGAUGGGAUUGUCUUAUUACAAUAGAACUUUAUAUCUGCUGUAUUGUUCUAAUAAAUGGGGUUUUUUUUUUGA